AGACUAUAGUGUUGCAGAGCACGUGUAAAUUGUUUUGACAACCCGACGUCAGCCUACUUCGCUGUACUGCAGCGCCACUUCCGGCUUCAUCACUCAUCCCACAAUCCACCGCGGCAGACUUGCUGGCCUCUUUACUCGCGUAGUAGUGGAGGGCUGCGGGAUUAACACGCAGUCAACGGGAUAGAAUUCCGCGUCGAUGAUGUCGGCCCAGGCCCAAAUGAGAGCUAUGUUGGACCAGCUGAUGGGCACAGCUCGAGACGGGGAUGAAACACGGCAGAGGGUAAAGUUUACAGAUGAUCGAGUGUGCAAAAGUCAUCUCUUGGACUGCUGCCCUCAUGAUAUUCUUGCUGGAACGCGCAUGGAUCUGGGAGAAUGUACAAAGAUUCAUGAUUUGGCACUACGAGCAGAUUAUGAAAUUGACAGGAAGGAGAGAGACCUGUUCUUUGAGCUUGAUGCAAUGGAUCAUCUUGAGUCAUUUAUUGCAGAGUGUGACAGAAGAACAGAACUUGCUAAGAAACGUUUGGCAGAGACCCAGGAGGAAAUUAGUGCAGAAGUAUCUGUAAAGGCAGAAAAGGUUCAUGAACUGAAUGAAGAAAUAGGAAAACUUCUUGCAAAGGCUGAACAGCUGGGAGCUGAAGGGAAUGUAGAUGAAGCUCAAAAAAUCCUUAUGGAGAUGGAAAAAGUGAAAGGCAGAAAAAGAGAAGCAGAGGAUGAGUACCGUAACUCAAUGCCAGCAUCAAGUUUCCAGCAGCAGAAAUUACGUGUGUGUGAAGUCUGCUCUGCCUACCUUGGCCUCCAUGACAAUGACCGUCGUCUUGCUGAUCAUUUUGGGGGCAAAUUGCAUUUAGGAUUUAUCCUGAUUCGUGAAAAACUGGAAUUGUUGAGGAGAACGGUUGCAGAAAAGCAGGAGAAACGGAACCAAGAUCGAUUAAAGAGAAGAGAAGAACGAGAAAGAGAUGACCACUUGGGCAGAAGAUCCAAAUCCAAAAGCAAGGAUCGUCGAAGGUCACGCUCUAAGGAAAGGAGGAGACGGCGGUCACAAUCCUCAUCCCAUGAUAGAAGGAGGUCUCGAUCAAGGUCACGGGACCGACAUAGGCGCCAUCGCAGUCGUUCAGGGAGCCGCAACAGAAGUCAUUACCGUAGCUCAAGGGACAGAGGAUCAAAGCACAAGUAACGCCUGUUUCUAAGGAGACAAUAACAAAAUCAGCAUCUAAACUUACAAGAAGCUUUUAGAUGAGCAGGGAAUACACAAGGACCAUUAUGAGACUCCCAAGAUCCAAUGACUUUCCAGAUGGCGAAGCUUGAAGUUCUACACAUAAGUUUGUGUUGCGGUGUAAAUAAUUACACAAUGUUCUGCAGAUAACAAGUUACGGUUUUUACUUCCCGAAAAUUCAUCUUUUUUUAAACUUACAUUUUUAUUGUUUGAGCUGUGUUUGCAAAAUAGUAUGCUGCUUGCCCUACAUUUUGAAAGUAGUGAAGUAUAAAUAAAAGUAUUUGAUUUGUCCAAAAUUGUAUCUCUUGCCGCAUUAUUAAAAAAAAAAUAUAACCAA